AUGGAAACACCGCCCGACAAAGACUGGGUCGCGCUUGAUCUGGAUCGAGUUGGAGACUCGCUUGGUCUUCAAACAUCCAGGACAUCUGAGAGACUCAACCAAAUCGAUCGUAUUCGCGCCAACGGAGUUGGUGAUCAUAUCGCAUUACCGCAGCUAGCCGUCUGUGGAGAUCAAUCCGCUGGGAAAAGCUCGGUCUUAGAAGGAAUUACCGGCAUACCAUUCCCUCGCCAGGAUGGUCUUUGCACGAGAUUUGCAACCGAGAUCAGCCUGCGACACGAGCCCGGGGAGCAACGUGCUACCGCCAUGAUUAUACCACAUGUUUCUCGUUCGGAGGAGGAAAAAGCCCGCUUCGGCACAUUUCGGUAUCAGAUACAAGACUUCACCGAGCUGCCAAACAUUAUUGAACGGGCCUCUGAAUUGAUGGGUUUACGUGGUCAUGCUAGAGACCUGAGCGCGCCCGCGUUCUCUGCUGAUAUUCUUCGGUUAGAGUUGGUCGGGAACACGGGUCUCCAUCUGACAAUCGUGGAUCUGCCUGGAUUGAUCUCUGUAUCAGAAAAUGAUGAGGACGUCAAGCUUGUACAAGACCUUGUGGAUUCGUAUCUGGAGAACACGCGGACAAUAAUUUUGGCUGUAGUGCCCGCAAGUAGCGAUGUGGACACACAGGGAAUCAUCCAACGCGCUCGUCACUUUGACAAAGCCGGUUAUCGGACCGUCGGUAUUAUUACGAAGCCCGAUUUGAUUAAUGCUGGCACCGAGUCUCGUGUUGCGCGUCUGGCGAAAAAUUUGGAUGGCACGAAGUUGAACUUGGGAUUCUUUCUGCUGAAAAAUCCGACACCAGCCCAGUUGGAGAAAGGCAUAACACUCGCGGAACGUCGGAAAGCAGAGUUGGAGUUUUUCUCAGCCGGCCCUUGGAAAGCCCAAGGAAUCGAUCCAUCGCGGAUUGGGAUCGAUAAUCUACGCAUCUUUCUGCAAGAGCUUCUCGAUAAUCAUAUCGAGCGUGAGCUACCUAAAGUUCAGCAGGAUGUGCGAAACUUGCUAAAUAACGUCAAUGACGAGCUUGCCGGUCUGGGAGAAGAGAGAUCUUCGCCAAAUCAGAUUCGUGUCUACCUCACCAGAAUCAGUAGCGACUUCCAGAACCUGAUCAAGGCCGGCGUGGAAGGGGAAUAUACGGGUCGAGACGCUUCCUUCUUCAUUGUUGAUGGAGAAAAUAUGUAUGUCAGACUUCGUGCUGCUGUUCACCGGGAGAACGAGGCAUUCGCCUCUUAUAUGCGAAACAAUAGUGAGAAGAGAAGGGUUGUCACCGAAGCGGAGACGGAUACCGAAGCGGAGGAGGGCCAAAUCCUCGUCACUGAUGAGCAGUUGAUGUCGUGGAUCGAAGAGAAAUAUCAUGAGACACGAGGGAGGGAAUUGCCUGGAAAUCACAACUACGCUCUGUUGGCGGAAUUGUAUCAUGCGCAGUCAGAGCGUUGGGGAGGUAUUGGGCGUAAACACGUGGGCGAGAUUGUGUCUCUUGUAUCGCAAUUUGUUUCUCACGCCUUGAAGUUUGUUGUGAAGGAUCCAAAAGUUUGUGACAGCGUAUCCAAGGUCGUUAAUGCUGCGCUACAUGUUGGCAUUCAGCAUGCUCACGAGGAGUUGGAAAAGCUUUUGCAAGAUGAAACUCGUCAACCAAUCACUUAUAAUCAUUAUUACACAGACAAUAUCCAGAAGGCGAGGCUCGAUCGUUCCAAACGGCAGCUAGCAAAAUCACUGGACGCUGCAAUCGAGGAAGACUGGAACGGGACGUUUCACUUCCAGAAUUCACGCGACGAAGUGCGCAGACUGACAAGUUCCUUAAAAGAGAGGGUUGUUGUCAAUAUGACCAAGCAGGCUUGUAUUGAGGCUCGGAACGACUUGGCGGCCUAUUAUAAGGUUGCCAUGAAGCUUUUCGUCGACAAUGUCUGCCGACAGGUAAUCGAACGGCAUAUUCUCUCUAAGCUGCCAAGUGUUUUCGAUCCGGUUGCUGUUAGUGCCUAUGACGACGAGACCUUACUUCAAUUGGCCGCGGAAUCAGCUCACAGCCGCCACCGUCGGGCUGAGGCAUGUCAGCUGCAGGAAGCCUUGGAGAAAAGCCUUCGAGAUCUUGGAAAUUAG